UUCCUUCCGUCCAGAACCUGAUCCUUACUGUCAAGCAACGUACACUUUCUGCCCAACUGGCUCACCCAUUCCGGUGAUGAAGGGUGAUGAUGUCAUUGAAGUCUUUCGAUUACAAACCCCAGUAUGGGAAUUUAAAUAUGGAGACCUCCUGGGACACUUGAAAAUUAUGCACGAUGCCAUUGGAUUCAGGAGUACAUUAACUGGCAAGAACUAUACCAUGGAAUGGUAUGAACUCUUUCAACUUGGCAACUGUACAUUUCCCCAUCUUCGGCCCGAAAUGAAUGCUCCCUUCUGGUGUAAUCAAGGUGCUGCCUGCUUCUUUGAAGGAAUUGAUGAUAUUCACUGGAAGGAAAAUGGGACAUUAGUUCAAGUGGCAACCAUAUCAGGAAACACGUUCAACAAAAUGGCAAAGUGGGUAAAACAGGACAAUGAAACAGGGAUUUAUUAUGAGACAUGGACUGUCCAAGCCAGCCCAGAAAAAGGGGCAGAGACAUGGUUUGAAUCUUACGACUGUUCCAAAUUUGUGUUAAGGACAUAUAUGAAGUUGGCUGAACUUGGAGCAGAGUUCAAGAAGAUAGAAACCAACUAUACAAGAAUAUUUCUUUAUAGUGGAGAACCUACUUAUCUGGGAAAUGAAACAUCUAUUUUUGGGGCAACAGGAAACAAGACUCUUGCUUUAGCCAUAAAAAGUUUUUAUUACCCCUUCAAACCACAUUUGUCAACUAAAGAAUUUCUGUUGAGUCUUUUGCAAAUUUUUGAUGCAGUGAUUAUGCACAGACACUUCUAUUUGUUUUAUAAUUUUGAAUAUUGGUUUUUACCUAUGAAAUUCCCUUUUAUUAAAAUAACAUAUGAAGAAGUCCCUUUACCUAACAUAAACAAAACACUCUCUGGUUUAUAAACCUUAAAUUCUACUAUCCUUUUUUCACUGACCACCAGCAUCUGUUUUUAGAGGAUGAUUUUACGUGUGUGGAUUUUUUAGCCUUUCCCCCUUGGGGCAGAAAGAUAAAAUACACAUCAGCAGAAUGCUGCAUAUCAAUGUCUCAGGAUUCUUCUCUUGAAAAGAAGCUGAAACUCUUACUUGCCAAAGUGAGCUAGUUAGGUGAUUUUUAUUUCAAUGUACAAGCCUUUGUUAGUGUGGAGAAUUAUGGCUCAAAUCAGAUAUUUAGGAUUUUUGGGACCCAAUAUUUUAAAGUUGUGGAUAUGGUAUGCCAAGAUUUUAAAAAUACCUUCAGUGACAUUUUCAUGGUGGCAACAACUUUUUCUGGUGUGGUAGUUAGUGCGUUUUCAUGUAAGUGCUUUUGGUAAUUUAGACUGACAGCUAUUUUAACUCUGGAGCCAGUUUUAGUAGGCUGCUUGCAUUCCCUUUACCUACCUUUAAAAAUUUGUUUGGACACCAGAACUGGAGGGGUUGUGCUUACGGAUGUCAUAGAUACAGUGUUAAAGAGCACAAAGUUCUGGCUAGCAUUUGGGAAUCAGCCGGUAACCGGCUUUGUUAUUUAAGCAACUUAACAUCUCUAAACCUUUGUUUCCUUCUCUCUCAAAUGAUUCAUCUGUCAGGAUUGCUGUAAAGAUAGAAGUCACACAUGUUGAAUAUUUGUGUACCUAACCUUGUACUCCACAUCUUUAAAAUAAAAAUUAAAAAUAAAUAAAAAUAAAAAAGAAGUCAUGUACGUUUGGGGCAUAGUAAGGUUACAGCGAAUGGCAACCGUAAUGAUUAAUCAAAAUCCAAAUUGCUAUCCUUGACCUUGCCUAGUGUAGUCUAUGUGCCAGCCUUUCCUGGGCUUUGUAAUCACCUGGACUUUGAGCAGUAGUGUAGUGCAUCAUUAGUUUUUCAAGCAUCUGCGGCUUGGAAGUGUCUGGCUGCAGAUGCAUCUGACUCCUGCACUGCUUCCUGUAGUUCUCUCUCCCAUGGACGCUGCUUGCGCAGUGGAAGAGGGGGCCUUCCCUCAGAAGACAGGUUUUUGUUAAGAUCUCCAAAUAACUAUGCUUCAAUCAGUCCCAUCUGACAAGCUUUCAAAGUCCUUUAUGUAUUUGAUGAUCAACUGAAAUGUUUCUAUUCAUGGAAAAAACACCAGUCAGUAAGAUGAGGGAGCAGAGAUCAGAGAAAACAACCCAUGUUUAAUGUGUAAAUGCACCAGUUAUAAGAUUCAGUUUCAGUUAACAUUUGAGUGCUUCCUGAGAGGUUAGCACAUUAUUAUUGAGCUCUCAUAAAAAGCCUAACCAUAGAUACUAUUUUCCUGAUCCAAAUGAGUAAACUGGGCCUUAGUAAGGCUAAGUGGUCUUUCCAUAGCUACCCAGCUAGUAGUAAUGGAGUCAGAUUUUGAACCCAGGUUUUGCUGACUGAAUUGCAUACACUAUACACAUUUUUUAGUGUUACUCAAAGUGUGGUCCUCAGGCCCAGUACAUGUCAACCAAAUUUUACUGGUCUGUGAGGAGAUGAGGACAGAUAUUGACAGGCAGUAUUUAUAAACUGAAAGCAAUUUAUUGGAGUAUUUUGUUUCUGUUAGAUCUAAUUAAAAAUUGGGACUUGUAUUUUA